AGCAGUGGCCGCUUCCUGGGCCGCCGGGCGGGGGCAGCAGCAGCAGAUCGGGCAUCAGAGGGGGCAGCACAGGGCAUGGCGGCAUGCAUGCGCUCCAGGACUCUCAGCAAGGAUGAUGUCAACUAUAAACUUCAUUUCAGGAUGAUCAACGAGCAGCAGGUGGAGGACAUCACCAUAGACUUCUUCUACAGGCCCCACACCAUCACCCUGCUCACCUUCACCAUCAUCAGCCUCAUGUACUUCGCCUUCACCAGGGAGAACACAAGCCAAGAAGACAAUAUAUGGAAGGGUAUCCUGUCCGUCAUCUUCUUCUUUCUAAUCAUCAGUGUCUUAGCGUUCCCCAAUGGCCCCUUUACAAGGCCGCACCCUGCACUAUGGAGGAUGGUUUUUGGCCUCAGUGUCCUUUACUUCCUGUUCUUGGUAUUCCUGCUCUUCCUGAACUUCGAGCAGGUGAAAGCGGUCAUGUAUUGGCUGGACCCAAACCUUCGUUACGCGACAAGAGAAUCUGAUAUUAUGGAGUAUGCAGUAAAUUGCCAUGUAAUCACGUGGGAACGGAUACUCAGUCAUUUUGACAUAUUUGCGUUUGGCCAUUUCUGGGGCUGGGCAAUGAAGGCUUUAUUAAUCCGCAGCUAUGGCCUGUGCUGGACGAUUAGCAUCACUUGGGAGCUGACUGAGCUGUUUUUUAUGCAUCUGCUUCCAAACUUUGCCGAGUGCUGGUGGGACCAAGUAAUUCUGGACAUCCUGUUAUGUAACGGAGGUGGCAUAUUCCUGGGUAUGGUGGUCUGCCGCUUCCUGGAGAUGCGCUCUUAUCACUGGGCAAGCUUCAAAGACAUCCAUACGACCACGGGCAAAAUAAAGAGGGCAGUGCUUCAAUUUACUCCAGCAAGUUGGAUCUAUGUGCGCUGGUUUGACCCAAAGUCCUCAUUUCAGAGAGUGACUGGAGUUUAUCUUUUCAUGAUCAUCUGGCAACUGACAGAGCUCAAUACGUUCUUCUUAAAACACAUCUUUGUAUUCCAAGCGAGCCACGCUCUGAGCUGGUGCAGAAUACUGUUCAUCGGCGGCAUUACAGCACCCACUGUCAGGCAAUACUACGCAUAUCUCACAGACACACAGUGCAAAAGAGUUGGUACACAGUGCUGGGUGUUUGGUGCUAUUGCGUUUCUUGAAGCAUUAGUGUGUAUAAAGUUUGGUCAUGAUCUCUUCUCCAAAACCCAUAUGCUAUAUGUGGUCUUCUGGCUUCUCUGUGUGGCGAUUACGACCUUCCUCUGCCUGUAUGGCAUGGUGUGGUACGCCGAUCACUGUGGUGAGCGACGGAAGACCUAUUCGGAGUGUGAUGACAAUAUGGACGUCCCAUGGCAACAUGAGGAAAAAGCAGAAGUCCCAUUGAAGCACAACGGAGGCACCACAUCAUCCAGACGGAAGAACCGCAGAGGAAAAGUAACCAAUGGCGUUGGGAAGAAAUAAGCGCUGGGUUCCGAGCAAGCCUUAAUGCAGAUCUGGUGGGACGAACCAGGUGCUGAGCAUAAUGUAGACUGUGGUUCAUCCAUAUACAGAGCAGGGAGAAGGCACAAGCAAGGAUAUAUUGGCAAGACUGGGGGAUGUCUGACUCCCGUGAGCUAAAGAUCAUACGUCACCGUGAUUUUCCAAGCCAUUCACCUUUUCUUGCUAUUCUGGAAUUGGAUCCUAAUGUAACAUUUAAUCGCCAACUAGAGGUUCCGAAUGCACGGCCUGCGCCCACAUACCAUGCAGCAGAGCGGACGCACAGGGCCUCCGACUUGCUGAGAAUUCUUCUUGCAAUGCGGUGCUGCUUUCUGACCACGCUUUAGUCUGCACCUAGCUAACAUUUCAUGUAUUGCUGCUGACGCUUCCACUCCUCAGCCCUGGUUAUGUCUAUUUUAAUGUGCAACGUGUUAUUACAGACUAUAUUUUGCUUUUGCCUUUAUUUUAUGCGUAAUUCACUCCUAUAGGCGUCCAGAGAGUUAUGUCCAGAAAAACGCCACCAUGAUGUUUUAUGUUAUAAGUGUUUUGAUUUUGGGUGUGUUGCCGAAAGGCAGGAUCACCUCCCAGAUGUUGUUCUGAUCUGUUAUAUGUAUUCAAAAAGCAGACCACGCCCACUUGUGUGAUGUCACCCAUUGUCUCCAGAGUACGUUUUACAUUUAAUAUUGCAUAACGGAAUGUGUUAAUGCUGUGCAGCCCCAGGCAAGACAAACACUUGUUUUGUUUUAUUUCCUUUUGACUUCUUUUAAAUAUAUUUGUGAAACCGUCAUUGCAAUUUGUGCUGGAUAAACGAAAGUGAUUUUGAAAUGAGAGAGAGAGAGAGAGGCUCGCACAACAGUAUUAUAUCUUAUGAUAUUAUAGAAUAAUAUAGUAUUAUAAUGUUUUUCUUUAGAAGUUAAUACUUUUGAGCCCACUCAUUAUCUUUGCCUCUAGCCCCAGUGAAGAGGUUGAGAGGAGACACUUUCUAUAAUCAACAGUAUGCCAAAAUCCAGAACUCCCGAAAACGGUUGUAGAUUGUAGGAUAUUUGUAACAAUCUCGAGUAGAUUGGUGACUUCUACUUCUGUAAUCUGAGAGGUGGGAUCUGUACCAGCUACUGUUUUUAUGCAGACCACGAAUAUACGAAAUAUAAUUGAGGUACAAAUAAAUUAUAAGUGUGAAAAUGAA